AUUUAACAGUGUGAAUGUGGCUUCUUGAAUAAUUGAUAAAAAUUGCCCAACAAUUUAAUGACUAAUUCAUAAUAAACAAUAUUUAAACAAAAAAGCGAGAGAGAUUCUACUGUUUUAUUUACACAGAUGAUCUUAUUGAAUGCUAACACCUAGUUGUGAAAUAAAGAGUAAUUGAGUGAAGUAAAUGAAGAGUCUUGCUGUGCAUCCGAGAAGAGAAAGAAGUUUAAAAUAAUAUUAUAAAUAUUUCUAAAUUGAUAAUUUAAAGGCAAUUUAUUUAAAAAGAAGUAAAAACAUAAAGAUAAAGUUGCUGUUUUGAUCUAUUUAGCAUUUUUAGAAAAGUUUGCAUAAACAAAUCAUGGUUAUUUUUAAGAGGAAAUAUUCAGCAAAAGCUGUUCCAGUUCCAUGGGAGUUAAUCGAUAGUUACUCGAAAGAAUCGACAAUUCAUGGAAUCAAAUAUUUAGGAGAAAAGAAACAGCACUGGCUUGAAAGAGUUUUCUGGAUCUCAGUCUUUGUGAUUUCUGUAUCAUUUUGCAUUAAAAACAUGAUGACAAUUUACGAAAAACGCGAAGAAAAGCCAGUAAUGGUAUCCCAAUCAAAACUCUUAUCGCCAACAUUUAACAUCCCAUUUCCAGCCAUAACAAUCUGUCCAGAAAUGAAGGCAAAAUGUAAUAAAUUAAAUAUGACGGAUGCAAUCAGUCGAAAAGAUCAAAUUUUUACAGCAGAAGAAUCGAAAAGAAUUGCAGCAAUGUCUCAUGUCUGCGAUAAUCUUGCUUACGAGGAAAAAGCUGAAAAUCGUACAGACAAUAUCAAUAUAAUCAAAUUAUUGGAUGAGAUGAGUUUUUCACAAAAUGAUAUAUUCGAAAAGUGUCGAUAUGCUUCAUGGAAAUUUGAAGAUUGUGACAAAAUUUUUGAUAAAAUCUUGACAGAUGUCGGCAUAUGCUAUUCAUUCAAUAUGCUGAGCUAUAAAGAUUAUGUCGACAAGACAUCAAUGCAUCCUGAUUUGCAUGUUCCAAAGCACGAUUUUAAAUCAAGUUGGUUCCUUGACAAAGACUAUGACUCCGCAGAGAUUAACAUUUAUCCACGUAGAGUUAUGGGAGCAGGACUUCAAUCAGGCUUAUCAGUACAGUUUAAAUUUAAUUCUACAAUGCUGUGUUCGUCAUGUGUAUCCGGAAUCAACGGCUUCCGGGUCUCAUUACACAUGCCAGUUGAGUCACCACAAAUCUCGAAACAAUUUUACAAUGUUCCAUUCCAACGUGAAACGAAUUUAAUCGUCAAACCCGACAUGAUUUACUCGUCGAAAGACACAAAGAAUUACUUACCUGAAAAGCGUGGCUGUUACUUUAUCAAGGAACGAAAAUUGAAGUACUUUAAAAUUUAUUCAAAAACAAAUUGUGAUUUAGAAUGCAAAGCCGAUUAUAUCAUGAGGAAAUGUGGCUGUGUUAAGUUCUCCAUGCCUCAUACGAAUGACUCAGAUGUCUGUGAUAACUCAAAGCUUGAGUGUGUACAUCAGGCGGAACUAAACUUUACGACAGAAGAGUCACAGAAAAAUCUAAUGGAACUAAAACUUAAAAGGGAUAUAAAGCAUGGAAAGGCAACGAAAAAUGAUCCGAGAAAGAAAGCUAUAGAGGAAAUGGUCUCGUGUAAUUGCUUGCCUUCAUGCACAUCAAUCAGUUACAAUGUUGAAAUCUCACAGACUGACUAUGAUGCUGUUAAGGAUGAAUUCUCGUACGCAAAUCUCAACAUUUACUUUAAAGAGCCAUACUUCAGUCGAUUAAAGAGAUAUGAAAUCUAUGGCUGGUCUGACUUCCUAUCAAACUCUGGCGGUCUUUUAGGACUUUUUAUGGGAUGCUCAGUUCUUUCAUUCAUAGAAAUUUUAUAUCAUAUUGUGCUGUAUUUUGUAAGGAAGGUGAGGAAACAAUGGAAUAAGAAGAAGACUGAUUCGCAGAGAAUGCCUGAAGAAACUGUUACUAUUGAGAGGUUUUAGGAACUAAUGAGCAUGUUGAUGAGUUUUUCUUAUGUCUAUCAGCGUGACUUUACUUGUAACUUUGUGAUAAAAUUCGUAAAAUAGAUCCAGCAUCCCCUGCUUUGUAGCAGUAUCCAGUUUUAGACAAUGACAAUAAAAAAUAGACAACAAAUCUCACAAAAAUAAAGCAAU